CCUUCCCAACUUUACAGGUAGAUAGUUCAUGCAUGUGUCUGUAUGAGAGGGUAAAAUGGCCUUUAUUCCCGUGUCUCAGGAUGAGUUCAGCUGUUGUGUUUGUCUGGAUCUGCUGAAGGAUCCGGUGACUGUUCCCUGCGGACACAGUUUCUGUUUGAACUGCAUUACAGGCUGCUGGGAUCAAGAAGACCAGAAGGGUGUUUACAGCUGCCCACAGUGCAGAAAGACUUUCUCGUCAAGGCCUGUGCUGGGUAGAAACACAAUGCUGACUGAAGUUAUAGAGAAGCUGAAGAAGACUGAACUGCAGUCUGAUGUUAAGGUUCCUUCCUAUGCCGGACCAGAUGAUGUGGAGUGUGAUUUCUGCACUGGGAGAAAACAUAAAGCCAUCAAGUCAUGUCUAACAUGCCUGGUUUCCUAUUGUGAAGCUCACAUUCAGCCUCACUAUGAAGGGCCUCGCUUUAGCAAGCACAAGCUGGUGAAUGCCACCUCACAGCUACAGGAGAAGAUCUGCUCUCAGCAUGACAGGAUCAUUGAAGUGUUUUGUCGCACUGACCAGCAGUUAAUCUGUAUGUUGUGUUCAAUGGAUGACCACAGUGGACAUAAAACUGUCUCAGCUGUAGCAGAACGGACUGAGAGGCAGAACAAGUUGCUGGAGACGAAGGUGGAGAACCGGACACAGAUCCAGCAGAGAGAGAAGGAGCUGCAAGAGGUCCAUCAGGCCCUGCUAACGCUAAAGGCCUCUGCACAAGAAGCUGUUGAGGACUCUGAGAGGAUGUUCACUGAGCUGAUCAGCUUCAUGGAGCAAAAGCGCUCUGAGGUGACCGAGUCGAUCAGAGCUCAGGAGAGGGCAGAGGUGAGUCGAGCUGAAGGACUCCUGGAGCAGCUGGAGCUGGAGAUCACUAAACUGAAGAGCAGAGAUGCUGACAUGGAGAAACUUCUACAUAAAGAAGAUCAUAUUGAUUUCCUCCAGAGCUUUGAUGCCUGCUGCACUUCAUCUGUGUCAAAGAUCCGUUCCAGUGUAACUUUCACUCCACAUCUCUCCUCAACUGAUAUUAAGAGGCCGGCCCUUAAAGAGAUAGAACACAAGGUGUUGAGGUUAAAUGCAGACCACAAAGCUACAAGCCAUGACUCCCAUCAGACUAGUGAACCCACACGUCCCCAUCAAAAAAGUGUCGUCCCAGAGAGAGGCUUCAGGGUUGGGGACAGAGUCCGAGUGAAGGCUUCUGUUGGAACUCCAUGGAACGGCUGGAGAAACGUCACUCACAGCAGUGUGGGUGUGAUAACAGAGAUCGGUUUUUGGGGGAUUUCUAAUGGCCUGUUAGUUGACUUUACUGAGUGCACUUCCUGGUGGGCACGAGCCUCAGACUUGGAGCUGGUCCUCUGAUGCCUCACAUGCCCUAAUUUAGAGGUCAUGACCUGACCUCUGGGCUUUAUGAAAGUCGUGAAGUGCAACAUGAUGCAGGUUCAUUACUGAUUUUGACACACCCAUCGUUUACAUUAGCCACCCAGGCUCUCCACUCAGUAGCUUUGUCCUGAGGAGGGAAACCAAAUUCUGGCAACAGUCAGCAAUCGUUCUGUUUGUUGGCAUGCAGCUAUUGAGCUGUUCAGUUUUUGACCAUUUUUCAAUUAACUUUAUGAUGGAGUUUUACGACAGCAUCAUGUUCCCAGUGACAUCACAUGUCGUUCCCAGUGACAUCACAUGUCGUUCCCAGUGACAUCACAUACCGUCCCCAGUCCACAUCAGCUCAUUGGUGUGUCCAGAUUACUGAUCUCCUGUUGGUUCACCUGCUGAUGUGUGUCCCCACCUGAAGCACACUGAAAGACUCAUGAGCUCACCUUUAUAUGCCCUCCAAUGGGAUCCCCUGUGCAGGUAGCCUUGGGGCUGUUGGUGUUGCUCUCAGUGCCUUUGUGUUCAACUGUGCCCCUGC